AUAAGGAAAAUUUACUAUAAGAAGAAAAAAAAAUAAAGCCAAAAAAUGUCUCUCGCAUCUCGCCUCUUAACUACCCCUUCUUCUUCCACCUGCAUCACACGCUCCUUCUCUGCUUCUCAUCGCAAAUUCUUUCCCAAUUUCCUCUCUUCAACUAUCACUCUUCCGUUCCUUCCAAUUCCCAAAUCAUCCUCCCGGCUUCUCUCUUCUUCUCCGAUCACAGCCACUACCACCGCCAUGGCUGACGCUCCUGACGCCGGCAUGGACGCUGUCCAGAGACGACUUAUGUUUGACGAUCAAUGCAUUUUAGUGGAUGAAAGCGAUCGUGCCAUUGGUCAUGUCUCCAAAUAUAGCUGUCAUUUAUGGGAAAAUAUUUUGAAGGGAAAUUCGUUGCACAGAGCUUUUAGUGUAUUCUUGUUCAACUCAAAGUACGAGCUACUGCUCCAGCAACGCUCUGCAACAAAGGUGACAUUUCCCCUUGUGUGGACAAACACUUGUUGCAGUCACCCUCUACAUCGUGAUUCUGAGCUCAUUGAGGAGGAUUCUCUCGGUGUGAGGAAUGCUGCACAACGAAAGCUUUUGGAUGAGCUUGGCAUCCCAGCUGAAGAUGUCCCGGUUGAUCAGUUUACCCCAGUAGGGCGUAUCUUAUACAAGGCACCUUCUGACGGGAAGUGGGGAGAGCACGAACUUGACUAUCUGCUCUUCAUGGUACGAGAUGUUAACGUAAACCCGAAUCCUGACGAAGUAGCGGAUAUUAAGUAUGUUAACCAGGAGCAGUUAAAGGAGCUCUUGAGGAAAGCGGAUGCAGGUGAGGAAGGUUUGAAGCUGUCCCCUUGGUUUAGACUAGUUGUCGACAACUUCUUAUUCAAAUGGUGGGAUCAUGUCGAGAAGGGGACACUGAAGCAAGCAAUUGACAUGAAAACAAUUCACAAAUUGACUUGAGACAUCACGGACAAAGCCCCAAUUCAUGUGCCAUUAGUUUUAUAUGAAUAAAAUCGAGUAGAAUGUGGAUGAGUUCCAAACAAGUUAGUGUUUGUAAUUUGUUUUGAUUUUGUCCUCGUUCAGUAUCCGAAGAAAGAACGUUUAGUUUCAGCUAUUUACAUCUUGUCUUGUUACCUGUAAAACUUACUGCUGGAAUGUGAUCUCGUAACGUAAAUUUUGCUUUAUUAUGUAAAAGAACUCAAUAAGGAACCUCA